UAGUUAGUCGAAACUGAAGCGUUCUCGCGAGUAGACGCACCGAAACCGUUAAAAGUGCCUGAGAAUCCGAACCCGCGCAUGUACUUAAUAUAAUACCAUAUUGCCAUUGUUGUUGCAACUAUAUUUAAUACCCAGUGACGUUGAAUCCACGUCCAACAGCAGUCCGUUCAAGUGCUUUUAACCUCGUGCCGUAUUAUUGCCCCACAUUGGUGGUGUGUGUGAGUGCCAGUGCCGUGCCUGCGUUCCGGAAUCGGAACUACCUACCAAACGAGUACAAAUAUUUGAAAGAGCGGAGGACGAUGUCCGCCAACCUGCAAAAGGCCACCCUUGAGGAAAUUCGCCAUGCGGCCGCACGCAUUUGCCGGGACUAUCUAACCGGACGUUGGAAGGUGGCAACUCCUGAAAAUUUGGUGGUGAAGCGCAUAAGUGGCGGUCUGUCAAACUUCUUGUAUUACGUAAGCCUCCCCGACUUGGACGACUUCGAUGAGCUGGAGGAAGAGCAACCACAGCAGCAGCUGCAGGUAAAUGGAAACGUCGGCAAAGACGUCAUAGGGAGCGCCACAUUGGCCCACAGUAGUCCCGUCUUCGCACGCGACGACGAGGAGGCCAAGGCAGGCGAGGUGGUGGGCGCGACUUCGGUGGCCACAGAGUUGGCUAACAACAACUACGACGACGACGAUGACGACGCAGCCACCAGCGUCAAACAGGCCCACAAGCGUCAGCGGUUCGAUAGCGAUAGCCGCGACGCGAGCUCGCUGAAGCGAUUGCACGCCCCCAAACAGGAGCCCCGUGAGGUCCUGCUGCGCAUCUACGGACAGACCCACGGCGAUCACGCGCUGGAGAGCAUGAUCACGGAGUCCGUGGUGUUCGCCCUGCUCAGCGAGCGGAACUUCGGACCCAAACUGCACGGCAUCUUUCCCGGCGGACGCAUCGAGCAGUAUAUUCCGGCACGUUCAUUGACCACAGCGGAGUUGGCAGAGCAGCGAAUAUUGAUGAAAGUGGCUGAGAAAAUGGGCGAGAUCCACAGCCUCAACAUACCCAUGUCAAAGGAGCCGGAUUGGAUAUGGAACUGCAUGCAGCGGUGGGUUUCCGGCUUCGAGAGCAUUGUGAAGGGCAAUGUCCAGGCGAAGCCCAAAUCCUCAGUGCUGCAGAAGCAAAUGGAAUUGAUGCGCACCUUUGACUAUGUACAGGAGAUCGCCUGGAUGAGAUCGGUCAUCGACGAGGGCGACUAUCCAGUUGUGUUCUGCCACAACGAUCUUCAGGAGGGCAACAUUCUGCUCCGUCAGCCGCCAGCUGCUCAAAGUGAGCGCACGCCGCGGGAGUCCAUAAGUAGCUUGAGAUCCAAUUUCGACGAAACUUUGGGCGACAGUCUUGAUGGCAACAGCAACAUCUCGGAACCGGAGACAAACAAAUCGCACAGCGUGUCGCCGUCGCCUUGCCCGGAAUUGGACACCACCAAUGACUCGGCGCUGGAUGCCAGCUUCACCACCGACAAUGAGCCGGAUCUCAUUAUCAUUGACUUCGAGUACUGUGCGUACAACUAUCGGGGCUACGACCUGGCCAAUCACUUCAUCGAGUGGACCUUCGACUACACCAAUCCGCAGUUCCCCUACUUCUACCACAACACCAGCAACUGCGCGACAGUCCAGCAGCGGCGCGACUUCAUCGUCAACUAUCUGAAGAAGUUCCACGAUGACGAGAACUACAAUCCCACGGGCCAGGAGCUGGACAAGGUGGAUGCCGAGAUCCAGUUCUUCACAAUGCUGUCCCAUCUGUUCUGGAGCCUGUGGUCCGUCAUCAAUGUCACAUCGUCCAUUGAGUUCGGUUACUGGGAGUAUGGAAUUGCUCGAAUUCUGGAAUAUCAAAAGCUGAAGGCAGCCUACCUGGCUAAAUGAGGGCAAACGUUAAUCAAGGGCCGAAAAUAUCAACAACCUUCACUUAAUCGAAUCAGAACCGUACUUAAGUGGCCUUAAACAUUAAAGUCCCUGCUCUCCAUCUACCCGCCCGUCAUUGUCCUCGUCUAGAAAUGAGUUUGUAAUGCUAUUUUAUCUAGUUGGCCCACAACAAGAUUAUAUCACACUACUUCAAUAUUUCACAACGGAAAAGGGAAAGGUAUCGAACCAUUCGGAAAGACUAACUUAUUUUUGUAUAGAAAAAUUAGCUAUUUAGAACGCUGAAGAAAAAGUCGUAAUACUAAAUAUUGCUGUGAUUAUUGCGUGAGACAGAAGACAGAUAAAACGAUGACAACAAUUUUGCCCAACUCCACUUCUUGCUCCUGUUGCGAAAGUUCUGUUCCAACAGAUUCGAUCGAAAGUAUUACAGGCACAGGACCCAGCACAUCCCUAUUAUACGAUCUAAUGCACUCUGUGCUCUAUACACAUACACAAACUGGUAUAAAUUUCGAAUUUAUUACUUGUUCGAAUUUCAUUGAUUUAAAACUUCAAAAAUUACUUUCGUAUAUAAGUAUUACUUUGCAUUCUACUCACGAGUCGCCACACUAUGUUACUUCUAUACACUAAAAGCUUAGUUAAAUUUUGUAUCGAAAUUAUCUUUUACUGGAUCAGUCGAGGAGUUCCGACGAGUACCUAGACUCGGCCAGCAACAAUCAUGUGUAUUUUAUGUACCUACCUAACUAUCCCAUAUUCCUUAUUAGAAAAUAAUUGUAUGUUUUUAGAUUUUAAAAUAUUUUUGCUUAUACUUUUAAUAAAUAAAUAAAUAUUAGAAACGGA